ACAAUGUCCACGGUGAUUCCUCGUAUCGAGCAGCUGUCAUCUAGAGUGGUGCGUAUUCUGGGCUGUAACCCGGGACCCAUGACACUGCAGGGCACCAACACAUACCUGGUCGGGACUGGCAAAAGGCGAGUGUUAAUUGAUGCAGGUGAGCCCGCGAUACCAGAGUAUAUUGCCAAUCUGCGCGAGGCGCUGAAGCAACACGAGACAUCUAUACAGCACAUUCUGAUAACACACUGGCAUUAUGACCACACUGGAGGAGUACAGGACAUACUCGCAAACGUUCACGCAGAUGCUGACCUGAGGGUAAGUAAGCUUCCCCGAUCUCCUCCACAAGAAGAAGGUAUUGGAGAGGAGAAGAAGAAAUAUUCAUAUCUCAGUGAUGGUGAUGUGAUAAAGACAGAGGGGGCAACAUUACGGGUGUUGUUUACUCCCGGUCAUACAGAUGAUCACAUGGCAUUAUUACUGGAGGAAGAGCAAGCCGUGUUUUCAGGUGACUGUAUUCUGGGAGAGGGCACUGCUGUGUUUGAGGACCUCCAUGAUUACAUGAAGUCACUGCAGAAGCUGCUCAGCAUGAAGGCUGAUUUCAUAUAUCCAGGUCAUGGGCCAGUUGUCCAGAAUGCAGGCUCUAAGAUUUAUGAGUACAUAACUCACUGGAACGCAAGAGAACAGCAGGUCCUACAGGUUCUACAGGAGAACAGUGGAACUGUCUUUACAUCCAGCCAACUGGUUAAAGUGGUUUACAAGGAGACUCCUGAACAUCUGCACAGAGCAGCAGAGGUUAACUUGCUGCACCAUUUAAAGAAACUCUACAAGGAAGGAAAGAUUUGCUUUGCUGAAGAAGACUCAAGUGGAAAAAAGUGGAAGAGUAAUUUGUGAUUUUUACCCAGAGCACAUAUCACCAUCAGUGUUUAAAAAAAGGUUCAAAUAGGACUUGGGUGGUGUUUUUGUUUUGUGGAAGUUUAUUUUUUUUUGGAAACACUUGCUCAUCAUAUUAAUCUACAUACAGGGUUGUAGCAAUCAUUAAAACUGAAUGAACACAUUUCCACUUUAAGAAAUGUAUUUGUUGCCUGUUCUGUAUUUCAGGAUAAUCAUUAAGCCUACUUUGUAAAAUCCCAUGCCUAAAUGGUUCCUAUGCACCUGAUCUUGCCAAUUGAGAGGUUUAAUGACUGGAACAUCUAAGGAAUCAGCUUACAAAAAUUUGCACUUUUUUUUUUACAUUCAUAAACUUUACAAUAAGGUUGCAUUUGCUUAUAUUAGUUAACAUGAACUAAAAAUGAUAAAUACUUUUAAAAGCAUUUAUAUAUCUUGGUUAAUGUUAAUUUCAACAUAUAGUAAUACAUUUUUACUAUACAUAUAUAUGUUGACAUUAGUUAAUGCACUAUCAAUGAACAAUUACAUUUUUAUUAACUAACAUUAACAAAUAUUAAUAAAUGCUGUAAAAAUAUAUAUAUAUAUAUUGUUCAUUGUUAGUUCAUGUAAGCCCAAACAUGUUCAUUGAACUUAAAAAUUUUCAUGGAUACUCGUUGCCCUAAAAAGGUUAAUUUUUCUGUGUUAAAAAAGUUGGUUUGACUUAACUUAGUUGUGUUAUCUUUGCUUUGACUCAAGUUACAUUGAUAUAAAAAUAUCAUUUUUUUAAACUAAUGAAGUCUUGUUAAGACAACAGGUAAAAAUGAUUGAAAACCCAUUUGAUAUAGGUAAUGUAGACUUGUUUUGUUCAAAUAACAUAUAUAAUUCAUUACAUUUGUUUAUUUAAACACUUGCAAUUCAUCUGCAUACUUUAUCAAGUACACAGCACAAUCUUUGUUUUUUUUAAGGCAAUAGCAAACUGCAAAUCAAACACAUUAUGUGCUGACGCACAUAGAGCUCAACACUUGGCACACACACCUCAGUAAUGGUGACAAUCAACAAACAUCAAUUAAAAAGAUGAGCUCUGAAUAUCAUUACAGAACUAUUAACUAACAGUGAUGACAAAAACAACAGCACAGAUAAAGUCUGCAAACCAUAAGCCUAUAACAACCAUUACAAAUAUAUUCAUACCGCAAUGCAUGCUGGGAUCUGGCAAAUCAGCAACAUUGUUCAAUGUUAAAUAGUGUUUAGACACAUUUGUUAAGCUAUUUGGGAUGACAUUUAGGGGGAUAUUGUUUGUCUAACAUGUUUAGAUUCAAAGUAAUUUACAUUUCUCAGUAUCUAAGAUUUGCGAUAAAUGAUGCUGCGUUAACUGACACCCACUUUAGUUGAUUCAACAAAUGUUUUAGAGUUGAUUUGGCAAAUACGCUUGUUAAUUCAACUUAAGUAUACAAACUGAUUGAACUCAAAAAUUCCAGUAGAAUGAGAAAUUAAAAUCAUCCACCUAACUCAAAACACUUAACGUAAUGGAGAUUUAUGUUUAUUGUACUUCAUUUAUUUCGGUUAGAACAACAUCAGGGAUAACAGUGUAAUGCCCAAUGCAUUAACUAAUGUUAACAAAUGGAACCUUAUUGUAAAGUGCUACCAAUUAAUACCAAUUAAAAAAGUCUUAAGCCUUUUUGAUGUCAUUGUUGUCUGAAAUGUUGAAUUAUUUUAUUAGUUGCCACUAGAGAACAGUGUUGUUUCAUAUAGCAUGGGCUGGCAUGGGUUCAUUAUUGAAAUCAAUUGCAAAAUCGAAUAUUUUAAGCAACACAGUUUAAUAAAUUUGAGAGGAAACAGUACAAACCCCUGGCAAAAAUUAUGGAAUCACUCAGUGUUGAGGAAAAAAUUAUGGAAUCAUCAACAUAAUCACAAUUAGUACUUUGUUGCUCCUCCUCUGGCCUUUAUGACGGCCUGAAUUUUUGGAGGCAUGGACUUCUCUAAUGAAAACCAAUAUUCUCCAUCAAGCUGGUUCCAACUUUCUCGAAUAGCGGUUGACAGAUCAGCUUUGCAGGAUGGAUCCUUGUCAUGGACCAAUAUUUUCAAUUUCCACCAUAAAUUUUCAAUCGGAUUGAGAUCCGGACUGUUUGCUGGCCAUGCCAUUGAAUUGAAAUGCCUUUCCUGGAGAAAAGCUCUUUGCUCUGUGGCAAGAUGCAUUAUCAUCCUGAAAAAUGACUUCAUCAUCACCAAACCUAUUUUCUAUCGAUGGAAUGAGAAAAGUGUCCAAAAUUUCAAUGAACCCCUGUGCAUUGACUGUUGAGGUAACGAUUGCCAUCUCCCCUGGUCCUUUACCUGACAUGCAACCCCAUAUCAUAAAUGACUGGGGAAAUUUGAUUGUUUUCUUCAGGCAGUCAUCUUUAUAUGUUUCAUUAGAACAGCACCAGACAUCAAAAGUUCCAGCACUCAUCGCCUUGGCCAAUGCAGAUUCGUGAUUCAUCACUGAUUAUCACUUUCAUCCAAUCAUCCACACUCCAUGAUUGCUUCUCUUUGGCUCACUGUAGCCUUGUUUUCUUCUGUUUAGGUGUUAGUGCUGGUUUUCGUUUGGCUUUUCUAUAUGUAAAUCCCAUUUCAUUCAGCCAAUUUCUUACAGUUCUGUCACAAAUAUUGACUCCCGUUUCCACCCAUUUGUUUUUCAUUUGUUGUGCAUUUUCUAUUUUCAAGGCAUAUUGCUUUGAGUUUUCUAUCCUGACGCUUUGACAUCUUCCUUGGUCUACCCAAAUGUUUUCCUUUCAUAACCUUUUCAUUUUGUUUAUACUUGCACCAAAUUUUAGACAGCUGACUGGGAACAACCAACUUCUUUUGCCACACUCCAUGUUGGAUUUCCUUCUUGAAGAAGUUUUAUAAUCCUUUCCAUUGUUUCAACUCUCUUGUUGGGGCCAUGUUUCCUUUCAAUUAACCAAGUCCAACAGCUCAUUAAGGUCUGUAAGCACUCUCUUUUAACUGCAGACUAAUUUGCAUUUUUAGACUUGUGCUGGUAUUUGUUUUAGAAAUGCAAA